GAAUGAGACCCCUAUUUGUUUGUUUACAUAUGUGCUUCAUAUUUUCUCUUUACACAGAACUAAACUUAGCAAUUGCCAGCAAUCAUCAACUAAAACUGAAUUGACACAACAAUCAUUAUUAAUACGUUCACUGAUCGAUUAUUGAAAUAAAAUGCCGCUUGUAGAAAAACCUCAGUUGCUUUUCAAUCAAUCAAGUUUACCAACAGACAGGGAAACAUUUAUAAAAAAAGAAGAAUGUUAUUUCACAGUCAUGCUUUGUGGUAGCUCGGGAACCGGCAAAACCACUUUCUGCAAUAACUUGUUUUCUAGCUUAGUUAAGUCACCCAAGUCGGUCGAUAACUUUAGUAAAGUACACAAGCAAAAGGAAGUCCAUAUAGAGAAGACGAAAGCUAUUAUCAAAGAAGAUGACUUCCGACUUAAUCUGACAGUACUCGAUACCGUAGGCUUUGGUGAUUUUAUAAACAACAAGGAUUGCUGGGAUGUAAUAACUGAUUACCUUGAUGACCAGCAUGAGAAAUAUUUACUACAUGACCAGCAAUCAUUGAGAUUACAGAGAAAGGAUAGCCGAGUACACCUUUGUCUAUAUUUCAUUAAACCAGUUCCUUAUGGCAUGCUACCCUUAGAUGUCGUGGCGAUGAAUAAGUUAUCGAAGCACGUAAACGUUAUUCCGGUUAUCGCCAAGGCCGAUUCCUUAACCAAACCGGAAUUGGACAGCCUUAAAGGAAAGAUAAACAAGAUCUUACAAGCUCAAAACAUCACUUUAUUCUUCCCAUCUGCCAUCUACUCAGCUGACGAAAUCGCGAAAGAUCUUUCUCAAGCUUGUCCAUUUGCGAUUGUUGCAAGCAAGGAGGCUGUUAAUGACGAGAAUGAAGGUAAAAUCGGUCGUAAAUAUCCUUGGGGAACGUCAGAAAUCGAAAAUGAGGAUCAUUGCGACUUCUCAAAACUGAAGAACCUAAUUAUAAACAAUCACAUGCUCGAAUUAAUACAAUCGACAGAAAAAGUAAUUUAUGAACGCUACCGUCAGGAGCAACUAAUAAAUAGAAAAAAUGGCAUACCAAAGCUUAAGAAAGCACAUUACGAACGAUUGAAUGAGGAAAAAGCACGCAUUCAGAAGAAAGUUGAAGAAAAGUCUGUAGAACUUGAGAAUACUUUUAAGGAGAGAGAAGAGAAACUUGCAGUUGUUCGUGAUGACUUAAACAAUGAAUUAGCUGAAUACCAUGACAAAGUACGCAUUCUUGAAACUCAACUAGAUGCGCUCCGGAACUACAAGGGAAAGAAUCAAAAGAAAUAAGUGGAACAUCGGUGAAAUUUCCUAAAGGACCUUUCAACAAACAUCACCUUCUUCUGAUUCAUCAGGUUCACUAUUUACACAGUUCGUCGCUUUAAAAGCACAAUCACAAGAGUAUAACAGUAAAUUUGAGUUUUUAUCGAGUAAUCCUUUUAGUUUAUUUUUCAUACUUAUUUUCGCACUAUUUCGUUUUCGAGAGGUACCUACGCAUACAACUCUAUCGUGCCGAACAAAUGAAACGCUGUAAAAUAUAUAGCUCUCUCGUUUCAAAUUGAAAUUUUCAUCUUCUCUUGCCUCCUGUUCUUCCUCCUGUAUAACCUUGUAGUUUGAACAUCCUUGAGAGCUGAGAAGUUUAUGAAUUUUAGCCAAAACCAGAUUUUCCUUUUGUAAAUUUAAGGGAUCGCCGAGCACGUCAACCAAUAACGGUAGUAUAAAUUUAAGGCUUUCAAACGAAAAGUUAGAGUCCAAAUAGAUGGCGCAUAUAAGUGAUUCAAAAAUGUCAGCUAUGAACUUCGGAGGAUCAAUUUGAAGCCAAAAAUAGGGCACGUUGUUCAUUUUUGCUUCUUCGAUCAUAUCCUUGUACUCAUAUAUUAACCUAAACAUUUCGGAAUUGUCAUAUUCAAGAUACUUAUGCAAGCCAAGUGUGAAAGCUACGUAUGCAAGACUAUGAUUACAUACAAAGAAGGACUUAUAAUUCGUUAAUUCGCCGGCGGAUAACUCUGGAUAUCUAUAAAAGAGGUAGUGAACAACCAAAUACUCUAGAACUGCAUCACCAAGAAACUCCAGUUGUUGAUAUGAUCCAGAUAGCUCUUCUGAAGAUAGCAUUGUUGGAUGUAUAAAGGCUAAACGUAAAAGUGCAUGGUUUUUAAAAGUGUAGGGAAUAACACCUUCUAUAAGUUUUUGAUACGGGAAAACUUUAGACGAAUUUAAGCUCACGUAAAAUUCAAUGUUAAAAAAGUUAUCCCAGUCAGACCAGUUCUUCACUUCUAAUGAUCCAAGGCCUAAAUACCUACAAUACUCAAGUCCUGAAUCAACGCCUCCAUCCAAGAGGCAAGCACCGAUAGUGGAUUCAACCAAAUCUGCUAACCUUUUUUUUGAUAACAACUGAAACAAUGGAUACUUCUUUCCAUCCUUCUUUUCUCUCACAUAUCCAAAGGGACACCACUUUCGAAUUACCAUGGGUUCAGAUAAUGCAAAACGCGAUAUUUGGAUUUUUUUAGCACACAUAUACAAAUUGUAAUUGCUGAUAAUUUGCUUGCGGUGAACGUGCAAUUGAUAUUCUUGAUCAUGGGUGUAUUUUAAAAAAACAGUUAAAGAGGCAUAAAUUUUCAAAAAUGAAUCCCCCAAAAAUUCCAAACGAUCGUAAUUUUCAUCCAUGGAAGCAUUUUCAGUCGUUAAAGAUUGCAUUAUGUGAGUCAAUGAACACUUUAAACCGUGUUCACUCAUAAACUCAGACGUUAGAAAAAGGGAUUCCAUAUAAUAUAGUAUAGAAGGAAGAAGUAAGCACGACUCUUUCAAAUACUUUGACAACCCGGUAAGAUAUAUCCGAUUUAAGCGUAAAGUUGCACUCGGUUUUUUUGAAUGCAUGGAUUGCUUUUUAUUUAGUGAGUAGUUUAAUUGAGAAGGCAUUCUUUUGCAAACAGUGCUAAAUUCCUGUUGAUUCUGUUGACUGAGUGAUUCAAACGAGUACAACUCGAAGAUAUUUUCCGGAUCGCGCAUCAACAAUAAAUUUGAUUUUAGCAUAGUAACGUCUUUGACUUCUUGAGCUUCUAUAGAAAGACUACGAACCGCUGGCCAGGCAAUAAGGUCGUUCAGUGUAAGAUUAUUUACACACUCUGUAUUUAAAGGGGCUAUCCAAUAUGAUCGAUUGGAAUCAUUAGCCUUAAGUGAAGAAGCCAAACCCAGUUCCAGAAGUCGUUUGGUAGAGUACUCCAGUUCUGACUUCAGUUCAUCAUCCAUGGUAUAAGGAAUAUCUAGUACUUCUGAUUUAACAGUAACUUCAUGAAAAUUAGAGCGAAGUCGCAUAUUACUAAAUUGUGGUAUUCGCUGCGACUGAAUAAACAGCAAAGGUUGGAAUGUUUUGCCGCUACAUACAGGAAACAGCUUACAUGCAAAGAAUUGUGUGAAAUUAUUCAACCAGCAAAGAGGGAUUUUACGUUCAAAGACUUCAUCAUGCUCGAUAUCUCUUAAAGCUUUUUCUUCUUUUUCUUCCAUAUGCGCUAAUUUGUUUCGGUAAUCAAGAGGCUGUAAAUGCUUGUUAAUUAAUCCACGGUUUAUAAGCUCCAUACACAUCAAGAAAGCAGCUGAACGCUUCGCUUUCUUUGAAUUGGCAGAUGGAGAACCUUGUAUAGUAGGCAUGUUGCAGAUAAUUGGAAGAUCAACCGUAUAUAUGAACGAUCGACCUGCCGAUAUACAAGUGAAUCUGGGAUAAUAAAAAGUAAUACUGUCAGCGGGCAAUGUAUUACAAUACUGAUAUAAAAGUCCUAUGGCCAAAAACUCAACUAGCAAAGCCCCAGUUUCAUCUAUUCCAUGGCUAACAAUAUCAUUCUGUGUUCUGAUAUUACAGCCACGAGUGUGAGCAAACUCCCGAUUGGAUUCAAGGCUUUCCAGUGCGGUCGCCAAAAUGCGCUCCUCGUUUUGAAGCUUUUCAUACUGAGCUAAUUCCGCAUCGUUUGCCAAAAGCAUAAACUUUGAAUCAUGGGCUCUUGCACGGCCUUUCGACUGUACAAACUGUGUAACAGUUUGACAAGUAUUGAAACGAACUACAAGAUUACAUGUCGGAAUGUCUAUUCCUUCUUCUGCUAUGGACGUAGCAAUGAGGAUAUUGUAGACACCUCGCUUGAAGUUAUGAAUGUUCCUUCUUUGCUCACGAAAAUGCAUAGAUAAUGAUGCUAUAUCCGAAUCUCCAUGUCCAAUAAAUGGAAAAGGACGAAUAUUCUUCAGUCUUCCGGUAUCAUUUUUCAAUUUUCGUAAGAAUCUUGUAAGAGAAUAAGCCGUCACUUUUCGUUCAACGAAAAUCAUUGUUCUGUAUGUAUCAUUAUCUUUAUAAAAGUUCUCAAGAAAUUCCAGGAGUGUCAAUACUUUAGUGCUCGUGUCAUUUCCAUCUAGCUUGGGAGCUCUCAACCCAGAAAACAGUUUUAAUUGCUCUUGCGACCAUGCCUCCACUUGAGAUAUAAAACUAUUGAUGCAUGUAUUGUCCUCAAUCGAUAGCUUUCCAUCAAAAUUCUUUCUUGAUUGUUUUCUUAGUAGUUCUUCAACUAGAAACUGCCAAAUCUGUUCACCAAACCAAACACCUAAUUCCAUAAUCUCACUUUGGGCAGCUUUACACGCCCUCAUCACAUACUUACAGCCUGAAAAAACUGUUUCACACAUGCAUAUGAUUGGGUUUUUUGAUGCAUCGAUUUCUAGAUUUUUGUAAGUGACAACAAAUUCUUUUGUCAUAGGGAUAUGCUGAGAAAGACGAUUAUUUGACACAACGUAAGCUUUGGCAUCAAAUAAUUCCUCCCACUCAAAAAUUCUUUUCAAAGGAUUUCGUGCUUUCCCGGUGUACGGUGAAGCUGUCAUACCAAAUAUGCUCGGAAGACUCUUUUCGAGUAUCGUUGUCGCUUUGGCAACAUGGUAGAAGUCAAUCAAAAUACGAGCAUAUGCAUGAUUUUUUAUAGCAUGAUGGCAUUCAUCAAAUACGAGAAUGUCAAAAUCAAGAAUUGAGAGGAAGCCUCGCGCCAAGCAAAGAUAGAACAAAUCGGCCGUAAUGACAAUUACUUCAUAAUUCAUCUUUACAUCGUAAAAAAUUUCUUCGCACAUUUUUAGAGAAAUCUCCCCGUAUAACAUACCUAUGCGAAACGGAAGCUGUGAUUUCAAAUAAUCAGCUUGUUGUAUGACCAAUGGAACCGUAUUAACAAGAAAUACUGAUAAACGCUUUUGUUGUUUAUUUCCUUCUAGCAAUUGCUUUUCUUGUUUCUCUUUAAUUAACUUCACGGCUAGCAAUGUUUUACCGGCUCCAGUUGCCAUGACUAGUAAAGUAUUUUGCUGCUUCGCAACAUCAAAGAUAUCUCGCUGAUAUUCUCUUAAAAGUUGAAAAGAGUUUACUUCUUUCAUUGUUACGGAUUUACUGUGAUGAAGGCCAUGUAUAUCGUGCAAUGAUAAAUCAUCAAUUUUAGAGGAAUUGACACCCUUUUUUUACUUAAAAAAAAUUCGAGGAAGAGCUCUUGAUAUUAACUGAAUGGAUGUCGUGUCCCUUGAUUUGAAAACGAAGUCUUAACAUGGAAAGAAUGAAAUGCACGCUUUUCUCCAAAUAAUGAUCAUAUAGUUGCAGGUGAACUUCGUGAAAAAUACCAAAGGAAAUUUUAUAAAUAAGACGUUUCUCUUUAUAUCAUCUUUUUACCUCACGAUUGUAUUUUUACAUUCAUAAAUGGAUACGGUAAAAGCGUCGUAGGAAAGCGUAAUUCCAGCUUUUGCUUGAGUCACUUUUUAUUCAUUUCAAGAGAUUUUUCCUAUGAUAUAUAAAUAUUUUGUACACUUAGUAAUACUCUGUUAGCUCAAAUU